UUUGGGUAUCGAUUUUUCAUGGCAAUAAUGGUACUUUUUGUAAAGCUUUAGUUUCGAAAAUUGAAAAUGCAUUUAAAAUAUAAUAUAAAUAUAAUUUUUAUGGUUUUUCUAAUCUUACAAGAAGCUUCAACAUUGCACAAAAGCUUAAGGCAUUAUGAAACAAUUCACGCAGAUCAAAUUCAACACAAAAUUAUUAAAAGAGGCACAAAACAUAGCUCUCACCCUUAUAACGUGAUAAAAGAAAUCGAAUUUAAAGUACUUGGAAAAAAUUUUCGCUUAAUUUUAAAUCCUCAUAGAGAAGUUCUUCAUAGUAAUUUUCGAGCUUAUUCAGUUGACAAAGAUGGUAAUGAAACUAUAGUUCAUUUAGAUCAUACAAAUUUUUAUGCUGGUAGGGUUUUUGGCGCAUUGAAUUCGUCUGUUCGAGCUCAUAUUGAAGACGGUUUAGUGACUGGAUCCAUUGUGUUAGAUGAUGAAACGUAUCACAUUGAACCGUCUUGGAGGCAUUUCCCGCAUUUGAGCGAACAAACUAUGGUGGCUUAUAAAAUUUCGGAUGUAAAGACAAUUUGGAAUAAAGAUCAUAAACAUGUUGAAGAGAUACAAGACGCGCCUAUGACCUGUGGCUAUAUAAAAGAAGGAUUAGAAAUUGACCAACCAGGUGACGAAGACGAUGAUCUUUUUGAUGAAUUCAUUUUUGAAGAAGAUGAUGAUGUAGCACAAAAUUUAAAUUACACAAUAAAUUAUACAGCAAAUUUUCUAAAACGUAGAAAACGUCAAGCUGAUACAUAUGAAUAUACCCCAACAAAGACACGAUGCCCACUGUUAUUAGUAGCAGAUUAUAGAUUUUUUCAGGAAAUGGGCGGAGGGAAUACAAAAACUACAAUAAACUAUCUAAUAAGUUUAAUUGAUCGGGUACACAAAAUAUAUAACGACACAAUUUGGCAAGACAGAUCGGAUACUGAAGGUUUUAAAGGAAUGGGAUUUGUCAUAAAAAAAAUUGUUGUUCAUUCUGAACCCACCCGUGUAAGAGGAGGUGAGGCGCAUUAUAACAUGAUCCGUGAAAAGUGGGACGUCCGCAAUCUUUUAGAAGUUUUUUCAAGAGAGUACAGCCACAAAGAUUUUUGUCUUGCUCAUUUAUUUACUGAUCUAAAGUUUGAAGGUGGAAUAUUAGGUUUGGCUUACGUUGGUUCACCAAGAAGAAAUUCAGUUGGAGGAAUAUGCACUCCAGAAUACUUUAAGAAUGGAUACACACUAUAUUUGAAUUCGGGGUUAAGCAGUUCACGAAAUCAUUACGGUCAAAGAGUGAUUACGAGAGAAGCAGAUUUAGUAACAGCUCAUGAAUUUGGCCAUAAUUGGGGAUCGGAACAUGAUCCUGAUAUACCAGAAUGUUCACCUAGUGCUUCUCAAGGCGGUAGUUUUCUAAUGUAUACAUAUUCAGUCAGCGGUUAUGAUGUUAAUAAUAAAAAAUUUUCACCGUGCUCUUUGAGAUCUAUUAGAAAGGUUCUCCAAGCAAAAUCUGGUAGAUGCUUUUCGGAGCCGGAGGAAUCAUUCUGUGGAAAUUUACGUGUAGAAGGCGAUGAACAAUGUGAUGCUGGUUUACUAGGAACUGAAGAUAAUGAUGCUUGCUGUGAUAAAAAUUGUAAACUUCGACGAGCACAAGGUGCUGUUUGUAGUGAUAAAAAUUCUCCAUGUUGCCAAAACUGCCAAUUUAUGCCUGUAGGACAUAAAUGUCGUGAAGCACAAUAUGCAACGUGUGAACAAGAAGCUCGAUGUACGGGUGCACAUGCGGAGUGCCCCAAAUCUCCACCAAUGGCGGAUGGCACCGUGUGCCAAGAAAAAGGACAAUGUCGUAAUGGUAAAUGUGUACCAUAUUGCGAAACACAAGGAUUGCAAAGUUGUAUGUGUGACAUCAUAUUAGAUGCAUGCAAGAGGUGUUGUCGUAUGAGUAUAAAUGAGACAUGUUUUCCAGUUGAACCACCAGAUGUACUACCAGAUGGCACACCUUGUAUCCAAGGGUUUUGUAACAAAGGUGUUUGUGAAAAAACAAUUCAAGAUGUAGUCGAGAGAUUUUGGGAUAUUAUAGAAGAAAUCAAUAUAAACAAAGUAUUAAGAUUUUUGAAAGACAACAUUGUCAUGGCUAUUGUCGUACUUACUUCAAUAUUUUGGAUACCAGCCAGUUGUGUGGUUUCAUAUUUCGAUCGCAAGAAAAUGAGGAGAGAGAUGAAAAAUAUAGAUUGGUGUCAAAAAUUAGAUCUAAUACACCCGAAUGACCGACGGAGGGUUAUACAUAUAAGAGUUCCGCGGCAGAAAAUCCCAAUGAACAAGCUUAUAUAACUGUGCAAUCAACCAUAGAUUUAAGUAUUAUGUUCUUGUGUUCAUAUUAAAUUUUAAAUAACGGCAUUUUAUCAAUAAAAAAAAAUUUUAAAAGGA